AUGAGGAAGGGGAGUGAGUGUACGAGAAUCAGCCCGGAGAUCACCACCAGCGGCGGCAACCCCAUGUUCUCCCGCCAGGCCAGCAGGUCCGACCACCACGGCCGGACGGCGCAGUCGUCGGGCCGGGACACGCCGAGGCAGGCGCGCGGAGGUUGCCGCCUCCUGAGGAGCGCGCGGUGGACGGCCGCGAGGCUCUGCCGGCGCGCGAGGGUCAGCGUCGUCACGGCGUUCCGGUCGGCGCCGAGCAGGAAAGGCUCUCCCGGUUCCAGCGCCGCUUCGCGCUCGCCGGAAUGCACGCCGGCGAGGAACAGCAGCAGGCGGCAAUCCGGCCCGGUGGCCGUCAUCCCCGAUGACUCCCACAAGAGCGAGGCGGUGGAGGAGUGCAUCAGGUUCAUGAACUCCUCGUCCAGGAAGUACCGCUAGUAGUGUUUUGUGGUUCGAUCUACACCCUGUGUGCGCGGAUGCUAGCGUCUCCCCUUGUAAUUUCUCCCAUUUUGG